GGGUUUCCUAUUGGAAUGUUGCUGACAUUUUAUUUUUCACGCUUUUGACAGAGGAGCCUGUUUUUCUCGAGAAAAAAUGACGAGUUGAUGGGCAAUUAGUAAAUAUUUGGUGCAAAAGUUGUGCUGCAAAGUGCUAGUGAGGAGUCAUGCUGACGUUGCUAAGUGAGACGCGCCUGUGGUCAUUCAGGGAGGACAUCAAGAUCAAGGAGACGGACUUUGGGUGCUACAGGUACCAUCAGAAGAAGGAGCUGUCCGAUGAGAGUGUCUACGCGGCUGGGAAGCGCCUCUAUGGCCAGAGGCGUGACAUAAAGUACACAGUGGACAACAAGGGAGCCACAAAGCUCAGGAAUUCCAUCAGGAAACUGGAGGAAUUGCUGGAGAAGCACAAGGUGAUCUACUGCCAGUGGAAGGACAAUGUUGUGCUGCGUCUGAUGCUAUCGAAUGGUCUCAUUGUUCACGUGUGUGUCAACAUUUUCACGGGUGAGGUGAUGAGAGUGGCCUUCGACAAGUACUUCCUCGGCAAGAUCGUCUCCGAGGCAAUCACAGAUGUUCUCAUGACGAGGCUGCACAUUCUCAUUGCCUACAAUCAGAAUCAGAUCACCUUUGUGUAUCUGCAGAAGCCUAGCCUGAGGAGAUCGUUGCCUGAGAAGAUCAGUCGUAUGGAACCCAAGAUCUUCAAUAUUAUCAUUGGAGGUCCACAGGGCAGGAAGCUGCCACGUCAGAUCUCGUGCAAUGUCAGCUGCGAUCUCGUGGCCAUCUGGACGAGAUCUUCGCAGAAUGAGGUGUACCCCUGGAGACCGACUGUGCGUGAUCAGGAUCGUGCCAAUAUUCACAUCUACAAGCUCAGUCGUGCCAAAUUGGAACCACUGUGCUUCCACUGGACAGAAAAUGAUCCCAUUUGCAUUGAAUUUGUCCGCCUGAGUGACAAUCAACUGAGGACAGUGGAACAGAAAGUGUCCCGAAAGGGAGAAGUGACUAUUGAGAGUUCAGUGUAUGAAAUUAAUAAAGUGAAAUUGAACAGAAUUGCCGUGACAUCCAUUCCGCUGCAGACUCAGGUGUGCUGCCAUUCCUACAGUCCGGAUCACGAGAAGCUCAUGCUAGGCUGCAUCGACGGGUCAAUUGUGCUCUUCGACGAAGGUCGAGGCAUCACACAUCUCGUCAAAGCGGCUUUUAUCGCGACAAUGAUAUCGUGGCACUGUGACUCGGGGCUGGUAGUGAUAGCGAAUGAGAGGUGCCAAUUUCAGUGUUUCGACAUCUCUCUCUCCUGCAUAAAGAGUCAAUUGAUUAGCGAAGACUACACGCCUUCCAAUAUUCUCGAUGUCUCCAACUACUUCAGCAAUCAACCGACUCUGUCCAAGAUCUGCUGGAACAGAAAGCCCGAUUUGCAGGGUCAUACAGAGAAAUUCAGUCAGACGGACAGUUUUCUCUUCCUGAUCUUCGAAGGAGGUCCAGUGGGAUGUAUGCGAUUCUUCGGUGGCAGCGGCAUGAAAGGAGAUAUUCAUACGUCUGGCUUUACACCAGAUGUCUUUGUGCACAGCUACUUGAGCCUCAAUCAGGUGGAGAAGGCCAUUAAUAUCCUAUUGUGCCUAAAUUGGGAUACUUACGGGGCUAUGUGCUUGAAUUCCCUGCACAAAAUAGCCAAUUUCAUAUUCCGGCAUCCCCUGACGGCAGACAGGGAACUGCAACUGCAGAAAGCCCUGGGAAGCUUUCAUGUGCCCGUGAAGCCUCUGUGCGAGGAGACUGAAUUGGAAUUUGGGGAUCAAGUGAAGGAUAUUACGAGGAAGUUUUUUCAGUAUUUGCUGCGCUAUCGCUCUUUUGAGAAGGCCUUCAGCCUGGGCAUUGAUAUCAAUGAUGAGGACUUGUUUAUGGAUCUGCACAAUGCUGCUGUGGCGAAUGGAGAUGCCAGUCUUGCCGAAGAUGCACUGAGGAAGGCAGAGGAGAUCAUCAACAAUGUUAACAGUCGGGGCAGUAGCCACUCCACUUGCUCACACUCUUCGUGCUCCCUGUGUACGGAGAACUCAGCAUCGUCCAGUGAGGAUUUGACAAAUGAAGGUGUCCAGAAGCCACCGGAUGUGGUUGAAUGUUCCUCAUGUGCCAAUGAGAGUGACAAUCUUCUGGGUCCGAGUUUGCCCAAGCGACAGGGUGUCAAUGCGGCUUCGGUGACUUCAACAGCUUCCUCUACAUCGUCCUACGUUGAACAUCCACCGUUGCCGACUGUGUCAUCAACACCCAAGACCUCCUAUAUCCCACCUCUGCCAUAUACCUCCAAUACCCUUCAGGAUCAGACGUACAGAAUUACAAUUCCCAAGCCUGAACUGAAGAUUUCACGGGCAACAACAGCUUUUGGGGGACACAAUGUCAAAACCCUGUACAAUUCCCAUGAGGAUAUCUUUCUCACUGAUCCACCAUUGCCGGCUGCUGCUAAGGUCAGUCCUGGGAAAAAAGGCGUUAUUGGUGGGAGUCAGCAGAAUCUCCUGGAUGAGAGUGGAGGGGCAACAAGUCGGAUGGGAUGGAGACCAAAUCUUGGUCACAAUAGUUUUUCCACUGACUACCUUGAUCGUUUCCAUGAUUCCUUCAGUCGGAGUCCCACUAAACCGCCAAAAGCUCUACCUCGAUCUGUUUUUCCCAAAGAGCACAUGGUUAUCGAUGUGAUUCCCAAGCCCUCAAGUGUCCAAGUGCCACGAUCAGGGAGUGCAAUUGAUCAGACUCUGGGUAUUCCACUAACUUACAAUCCUCCCAGUUUUCACCAUCUCAAACAUUCCUUUCCAACUGUUUCUCUGUAUGGGAGGAAUACUGGUCCACCGAUGGGCAUCUCACGUGCCGACAGCCUUCAGUCCAUCAAUACUGUGGCCGUGCCCACGGUUAUUCAUCAGUAUCCACUGAUAUCGGGCAAUAUUCCGGCUGUUUCGUCCAGUCAUUCGCCAAAAACGCACCUCCUGGAGAACAGUGCAAUAAUCAAUCCGUCCACUAGUGGAAGUUCUUCCUAUUUGCGCAACACCAAGGAUACAGCAUCAAUUCUGGCCCUGACAUCACCAGCAGGAAGGACUCAGGCCAAUUUAGCGGCAACCGGAAGUUCUGGACAAAAUGCCAAGAAGGAGUCCGGAGAGAAGAAUAAAGUGAAGUUCUCCGAUACUAUUACAGUUGCAGUUGUUCCGGAAAUCCCAAGGAAAGAAAAAUCAUCAGUUCCUAGUGAACGAUCCAAGAGAUCCAAUGGAUAUCACCAAAUAACAGAUCCACAGAAAGAAUUGGCCGACAGCUUGCCACUGUGUCAUCCAAAUGAUGAGUAUCUGAAGGAUUUUACUCCAAUGUCUGAUGUUAAACCUGAAGCUGAGAAUGAGAUGAAUCCACGAAAUUCAAAUUCAACCAUCAAAGUGGUUCAUUUUGGCGUGGUCUGAAGCAAUAAUUUUAAUCUUCCAGUUUUCUUUGGAGACAAUCUGAAAGUACAAAAUUAAUCCGUCCAAUCCCAAUGAGAAUUAAAAGAAAAAAGAAAGAAAAGACAGUGAAUAAAAUCUCCAAUAGAGAAAGCUUUAAAGUUGACAAAAAGAAAAUAUUUAAAAACUUUUUUUUGAAUGUUGUAUUUUUAAUAAAAACUAUUAUACAUCUUUUGCAUCUA